UACUACGCGUAAUUAAAGUUACUAUGGCGCUUAUGCUUCUCAUGGCAGCACUGUGUGAGUCGUGUGAGUUGUGAGUCAUACAGCAGAGAAAUUCAACAGACAAAAGGGGACAAAUCCAUUGAAAUAGUGGAAAGUACAUUGGAUAUGUUUUAUGGGGAAGUAUUUUAGCCACAUACAGUUGAGGUAAAAAUCCGCGAAAAAAGGGUAUUUCCUCCCCAGAAGUGGCUCAAAAUUUGUGCAAAAUCACUUCGAGGCAGUGUAUUUGUGAAUCACCGACAUCUCAAUUAUCCAUUUAAGUGCAUUUAGUAGCUAAAAAAUCCUCUCUCCGCAAUGACAACGUCCGGCGACUUUGGGAAUCCUCUGAGGAAAUUUAAAUUGGUCUUCUUGGGCGAGCAGAGUGUUGGAAAAACAUCUCUAAUUACACGAUUCAUGUACGACAGUUUCGAUAACACGUAUCAGGCCACCAUCGGCAUAGACUUUCUUUCCAAGACAAUGUACUUAGAGGAUCGAACUGUGAGACUCCAACUGUGGGAUACAGCUGGGCAGGAGAGAUUCAGAUCCCUCAUUCCAUCCUACAUACGGGAUUCGACAGUUGCUGUUGUCGUGUAUGAUAUUACAAACGCAAAUUCCUUUCAUCAAACCUCAAAGUGGAUUGACGAUGUACGAACGGAGCGUGGUAGCGACGUGAUCAUCAUGCUUGUGGGCAAUAAGACGGAUUUGUCGGAUAAGAGGCAGGUUUCAACGGAGGAGGGAGAUCGCAAAGCGAAGGAACUCAACGUGAUGUUCAUCGAGACGAGCGCCAAGGCGGGCUACAACGUCAAGCAACUCUUCCGACGAGUUGCUGCCGCCCUGCCAGGCAUGGAUUCCACGGAGAACAAACCACCGGAAGAUAGUAUCCUUUUAUGCAACAAUGAAAAAAUCUUUUCUUUUCCUUUCAGAAAAUUCUUUUCUGCUUCUUAUUUUUUUAUUUACGCAUUUAUUUGUUUUUUAUUAUUAUUUCUUUGCAAUAUUUUCCUUAACUUUCGUUCAUUUCAAUUUGUCUCGCAAUGCAGUGCAAGAAGUCGUCCUCAAGGAUUCGCCAAGUGAACAAAAAGACCCCGAGGGUGGAUGCGCCUGUUGAGUGCCUUUUUCCAUUAUUUUUUUUUCUAUUAAUAUUUACAAUUAAAUUAAACAUUUAUAAUUUUUUUUAUCUGUUCGUAAAUCAAACGCGGGAAAAAAUCUACCACAAUGUCCUUGUUAAAUGAUGAAAAAAAAACAUUAAUGUUUUUGCUAAGCCUGAGGGGUGGGUGGGGAACUUAAAUUCCUUUUUUUUCUUCUCUGAAUGUAUUUUUUUUAAUUAUUACUAAAGGAAAAAAAACAGAAAAUCAGCACAAAAAACCGAUAACACAGCUAAAUAAUUAAAUUAUUUAAAAUUUAAUUUUAAAGUGUAUUAUGUAUAUUUUUGUCGUAUUACUUUAAGUUUACUUCAAUAUUAUAUUAUACUUUAUCUUGUCGUUGCCCUAAGAAAUAAAUGGGGCAACGUGGUCUAGCUACUUUUUGUUCCAUUUAACUUCCAGUGAGCAUUUCAUCUUUAUUUUAAAACUAUCUAUUAAAACAUUAAGUUUGCACAGAA